AUGUUCAAUGUGACUCGAAAAACGCGUUCGCUCUUCUUCUUCUUGGCUUUGGGUGUCACUUUCUAUGCAUUGAUCCGGCUUCAGCCCGAGGGCUAUAAACCUCCAAAACGAUCCUUCUACAUCCAUGACGUCAAUGACGGCGGUGAGUUCGUCCUCCAUGAUGAUAAUUUGGGGAUUCGGAUGUUCGCCAUAGUGGGAUCAGCCUGGCAAUCCCUGUCCCACCAAUCAGUGGUAACUCUCUGCACCCAAGGGAAUCUGGAUUACAUGGGGAAUCUGCCUUACUUAGGGAGCCGAUGGAAAGGGCCUAUGAGUAUAGCCAUCUAUGUGCCAGGCAUCGACUGGGACCUCACCAGAAUGUUUGUGGAACACCUGAACCAUUGUUAUCCUGAAAUGGUGUCCAGGACUAAUUACCAAUUGUUGCCCUUUCCCAACUCCGCACCAUUUAGCCCCAAACCAGACUGUCGAUCCUCAAAACAAGUUCUCAAGGAAAUUCUUUCACACAGAACAGCAAAGCACGAGGAGUUCAUUGCCAACGAUUCCUACCCUUACAACAUCAUGCGAAAUGUCGCCCGAGAUGGCGUGCUCACAAGCUUUAUUCUUAUGUCGGAUGUAGAUCACGUGCCCAAUGAGAAUAUUUUUGACACUUUGGAAGACUUCAUCCGACAAGAAAGGAUUCUGUAUGGUAAAAAACGCGCCUAUGUGAUCCCACAGUACGAGCUGAACCGUACCAAGGGGGCCACGAUUCCCAGGGACAAAUCCGAGCUUCUGGAGUUGAAGAGAAGGAACCUGUCUGGGACCAUGUAUGAAGAGUUCUUUCCACAGUUUCAGCACUGCAUCAAGACGAAAUUGUGGGAGACCAUCAAUGGGACCAAUGAAUCGGCCGAACCGGGUUUGGCCAUGCAAGUCAAUUUCUCGUUCUCUUGUGAAAUGACCUUAGUGCACAAGGCCACAGAUCCCUACUUUGACGAACGAUUCCGGGGUUAUGGCUGUGACCGAUUUUCACAAAUGCUAGAGUUGUACGCGGCCAAGUUUCGCUUUGACGUGUUCACGUCCUUGUUCUUCGUCCAUCUCGGUCGGAAAGGCCUCCAGGACACCAAGGGACAUAAGCCCAAGAAACUAGCGGAGCUAAGGCAGAAUCAGAAGAGAAUGGUGACAUUUAUCGAAGACCUGAAUGAAAAAUAUCAGGUCAACACAUGUCAAAUGAUCGGCAAAGACAGGGCGUGGAUGGGCGUGGAUGUGCCAUGGACUGUUCUCCACAUCUGCCCAUCGAUCACGAGACCGAACCAGACCCAACAUUGAGCACUGUAGCGAGGUUCAUAGACUUUCGCAUAACCCGUUCCGCACUCUUUUCGGUCAAAUCUUUUUCGCCAAUAUGAGAACUUGUACACAUAGCCGUUGGAUAAAAAAUA